AUGCUGUUGGUGCUGAUACGCUUCGCCCGGCUCUUGGCCCUCCUGCUCAUGGUGCUGGAGAAGGGCUUCCCGCGGCCCAGCCUCCUGCUAGACUUCCUCUUCCUGCACCUGCUGCCGCUGCGCUGCGCCCCCGUGUGCAUUGGCGUCCCGCUGUUGGACUUACAGGUGACGGGCGUGCGUUGGGCCCCACGGCUGCUGGCUUUGGGCAGUGGGUGUUGCGUGGCGCAAGGUAUCAUGGGCUCGCGCCUCGCGCUCGAGGCACUUUCGAGAUGCGCUCUAGUUCCGCGCCACUACUCCCUGCUGCUGCCGAUGGUGAAUUACCUGCUCAAGAUGUGGAUGAAGCAGGCUCUGCUGCCGAUAGUGAUCUACCUGCCCAAGAUGAGGACGACGCAGUCGUGGGUGCACAGCUUCACCCUGACCAGCUGGGCGCUCGGCAGUUGGCUUUCGCCUGCGUCGCCCUUGACCACUUCUGCCCCUCGCUCUCUGUGGACCAGCGCGGCAUGGUCAUGUGGCUCCUGCAGAACCCAGACUGCCUCCUGGAGCAGAGAUCCGAGGAGAACGGCCCCAUCCCGGCCAGCGCGCCGCUGGACCCCGCCGGCAUGGAAAUGA